AUGAAAAUGUUCUUGAAAGUUGUGCUCUUUGUGUUUGAGCAUCCACUUCUGCUUACAUCUGAUUAUGCGGAGAAGUUGGAGGACGCGUUCCAUUGGGGUUUAACCGCACAGGAUCGAGAAAUGCGUGAAAAAUUCCUCAUUGUCUUUGAACGGAAUUUGGCUGUGAAUCCGAUAGCUCGCCUAACGACUAUGCAUGCGGUAGCCGGCUUCCGCUCGUCAUCUUUAAGCUCAGAUAUGGAGGCUGACGUUCAAACCAUUUCAUCAACACUCUACAACACUAAAAUCGACAAUGAUAGUAAGGCUGAUGAAGACGUACCGAUGGAGACUGAUCAGCUGAGGGAAGCUGGGAAUGGAGACUCAAACAUUGUCCAUCGAAUGGACGUCCUGCUCGAGGACCAAAAAAAUGAUAUAGCAUUCAUUGGUGACAUGUUCUCUCAUCUCUUCCAUUCUCUAUGGAUUUCGAUGAGUGAAGAGGAGAGAAAUUACAUUGGAGGGCUGGCAGUGCCUUUUAUGACAUCGGGCGUUCAUGUGCAGCAAGCUCAUGCAGUUCAUCCAGUGAUCAACAAUUUUCUCUUAGAAACUUUCUCACAGUGUAAUCCACCAAUUCACAUUGACGCCAAUGCCAACUUUCAGGUAAAACGCUGG